UUACAUGUUUUAUGGUUUAUAAUCAAACAACUCUAAACUUUUGGUAACCCUAUUUUGACACCUAAAAAAGUCAAUCAUCAAAAGCUCAAAUCGCCGCCGUAGAAACCCUCACCUCCGCCGUACACAGUUCACUCCAAUGGCGAACGCUGCUGACGUGGACACACUCGAUUUCGAGCCAGAUGACGAUGAUCUCAUGGACGAAGACGCCGCCGUUGACGUAGACGCAUCUUCACCUAGGGUUUCUGCUCACAUUCCUAAACUUAAAUCCGCCAUCACCGGUGCACCGAAGAAAACCAAAGGCCGUGGAUUCCGUGAAGAAACCGGUGCUCAACGUGACGGCCGUAUGUCUGGCCGGUUUGAUUCUCUUGAUUCCGGUGGCGGUCCCGGUCCUGAACGAUCAAUUGAAGGGUGGAUUAUUCUCGUAACGGGGGUACAUGAAGAAGCCCAAGAAGAUGACUUACAAAAUGCAUUCGGGGAGUUUGGGGAAAUUAAGAAUUUACAUUUGAACCUUGAUCGUCGGACUGGUUUUGUGAAGGGGUAUGCACUAAUUGAAUACGAAAACUAUGAGGAAGCAGAGAAAGCUAUAACUUCAAUGGACGGAGGUGAACUGUUGACUCAGACAGUCAACGUUGACUGGGCGUUCAGCAAAGGUCCUUUUAGAAGGAGAAAUAAUAAUAAUAGGAGAAGGUCAAGAAGUCCGAGGAAGAGGUUCUGAUUUGGUGCGUUGUUGACGCAACAUUGUGCGGGAUUUGUUUAUGUUUUGUUUUAGGUUGAGUGGAGUGAGUUUAACGUUUCUAAUAUGUCUUCGGUCUCAUUUGAUCUAGUGUUGUGUAUUCGAAGAUUUUAGUUCUCACAAGGUGUGAAGACGCUGCAUCUUUCUGUACUUUGUAACGUCGUUUGAUAUUUGUACAAUUUGCAACAAGAUUAUUAGAAAAAUGUGAUGCUUUUGAUGUGUUGUUUUC